GGUUAGAAAUGUCAAUUUGUGUUUUACAAUAUGUACACAAAUUAUUUCUGGAAUUAUCGUUUAAUUCUAAAUUAAAGUGCUACAAUUAAAUAACCAAUUCAUUAAUAAUGUCUUUCGACGUCAAUUGGGACGUCGAAAGUCAGAGAGAGGACCACGAGUGCGAAGAACAUUGGCAGUUAAGAAAGGCGUUCAUAGAACGAUGGAAGAACGAAUAUCCUAAAGACAGGCUGGUUUGCCUAGCUAGAGUCUUCGCUAACAUGGAGUUCAUGGGCUGCCGGUACCCCACAGAAGUGAUGCAAGAAGUUGCAAGGCUCUCACAAGAAGUAGCAAGCAUCUACAGAAAGUCAAAGAAAGGCAAACUCCAAAGGACAUUUGUAUCAGCUUCUGAUGCUGCUGAGGACCGAGCGCGAGGUGUCAAGCGUGAAGGCGGCGUUAUCAAAGAUGGCCCGGCACCAAAGUCUUCUAAAAUCCAGUUUGUGAAACAGGGCCAGGGCGGCAAAGAAGAGGAGACUGAGGAUACGGAUGUGGAAAGUAGAAUAAGGAAUUUGAUUAGUUCAAGCAUAUCCAGUAAAUCACCCGAGGAAUCCCGGAAGCCCCUCGGGGAUCUUAACGAGUACCUGAAGGACCUGAGCGGCGUGCGGUGCUUGGACGCCCGGGCGUUCGACGACAGCAUGUUUUUCAGCAGCUUCGGGCAGUUGGUGCUGCUCGUCAGGCCCUGGGCGGGGAAAUGGUGGAAUAUACAGACAAGCUGUCAGGUGUGCAACGUCCCGUUCAGCUCCACGUUUGAGGACGGCGCCAUGUCGAUGCUCAUCAACGGGCUGCUGGUGGCCCGGGCCACGGGAGCUUCUAAAGCGGACGCCAAGUGCAACGUCGAGGUCAUGGCUUGGAACAGGUUACGCGAGGAGGUGGUAACAGUGGUAGUUAAGGAGCAGUUCAGGGCGGACGGUGGCGCCAUCUCUGUCAGCGAGGUGGCGGGGCGGCGCGACGACGAGUUCGGCGCCCCCGUGGAGAACAGUGUCGCCACCAAGAUGAUGAAGCUUAUGGGGUGGAAGGGAGGCGGGCUCGGCGCCGACGCGCAGGGCAUCGAGGAACCCAUCAAGCCGCACCUGCAAAUGGUGAACCGCCAAGGCCUCGGCAGCACCUGCUCCGACGCCCAGAGCCUCCGGCGGGCGGCCUUCACCCUCAUGAGGCGGUACUUAGCUUCAGACUGUCUCGACGUGGACCUUAUCUUCAGCAGGGACUUCUCUAAGGAGGAGCGGGCUUCCUUACAUCAGGUCGCGCAGAAGGUCGGCUUGGCCAGCAGGAGCUACGGGGCUGGGGAAGAGAGAUUCCUAGUGGUAAAGAAGAAGCUGGACCCCUUCUCGCUCGCACGCGCAGUGUUAGAGAAGGGCGGCAACACCCCCAAGUACCAGGUGUUCAUACCGUGCGGCGCAAGUAAAAGGACUCAAAGAAAUGGAAGAUAUUAAUACUUUUACACCGGGCAAAGUAACAUUUUUGGGGCAAAGUUAAAAAAAAGGGCA